CAGACCAAGAAUAGAAAUCAACUAGACGAGGCUCAUAUUCUACCUGGCAAGAUGCAUGGUACUCACAACAAGCAACAAGAUCCUCAUUACAAGCAAGACGAUCCACAUAACAAGCAACAAGAUCCGCAUCACAAGCAACAAGAUCUACAUGACAAUCGACUGGAGCCACAGAAACAACGUUUAGAUCAAGACGACAAACAACAAGAUCCUCACACCACGCAACAAGAUCCUCACACCACGCAACAAGAUCCUCAUUACAAGCAAGAAGAUCCACAUGACAAGCAACAAGAUCCAAAUAACAAUCGACUGGAGCCACAUGACCAACGUUUAGAUCAAGACGGCAAGCAACAUGAUUCACAUGAAGAACAUCAACUACUUGCUUAUCAUCGAUAUCACAACGCAAAGCAACACGAUCGCCCUACCAAACAAGAUUAUCAAUAUGAGAAACAACUACAACUGCAUGAAAAACAAACAUUUCUGCCUAGUAAUCAACAAGGAUUGUCAGUCAAUCAACAAGAAUCAUCAAACAAUCAACAAGAUUUUUCAGACAAUGAACAAGAAUUGUCAAACAAUCAACUGGAUUUUUCAGACAAUCAACACGAAUCAUCAAACAAUCAACAAUAUUUCGCUAACGAUGAACAAAUGGUAUCAGACAAUCCGUACGAUUCACCAAGCAAUCUAAAUAUAAAACCAAGAUAUGAGAAGUACAUACCUAACGAUCAAGACAAACUUUCCAAAGAACAACAAUAUCAACCUCACAGUGAACUACCUGACAAUGACAUACUGCUGGAAAUGCAACCGGAGGCAACAAUAAAUGACUUCCAUACUGGAAAGAGGCAUCUUUUCAAGCGACAAAUUACCAUCGGAGCUACGGGACCUGCAGGGGCAACAGGUCCAACUGGAUUCGGAGCAACAGGACCCUCCGGUGAUGUUGGAAGUCCAGGUGACCGUGGCGAACUAGGAAUUGGAGCUACCGGACCAGCAGGAGCAACUGGACCCACAGGGUUUGGUCUAAGAGGUGUUACUGGGGCAACAGGAGUUCAGGGACUGGAUGGUCUUCCUAGUAUAGGGGCGACCGGACCGGCUGGUGCAACUGGCCAAGCAGUGAUUGGGGGCACGGGACCUGCUGGUGC